AUGAAAUACCUGGGCCUUGUACUGGAUGAGAGGUGGACGUUCAAGACGCAUUUCUCCCAACUUGCCCCAAAGCUGAUGAGUACCGCAACUGCCCUCAGACGGCUCCUGCCAAAUGUCGGCGGACCGGGCUCAAUCCGUAGGCGCCUGUCCUCCGGAAUAAUCCGGAGUAUGGCCCUCUACGGCUCACCCAUCUGUGUAGAAGCUCUCACCGCUCAACUCAAGCCUUUCCUGCGAAGGCCGCAGAUGGUUAUACCGGUGAGAGCGAUCCGGGGGUACCGCACGGUAUCGUGGACGGUCGCCACACUUCUCGCGGGUGCUCCCCGUGGAUUAACCGUGGUGAACUUCAGGCGGAAGUGCUCGCGGAAGUACACCGUACUGUAUAACCAUGCGAAGCAGAGGGGAAAGCCCUGA